AUGCUUUCGGCCAGCCGCACCUGGAUCGGCGUUGUGGUCGCAGUGGCUGGAAACGUAACCAUCAGUCUAGCGCUCAAUUGUCAGAAGCUCGCGCAUACUCGGCUCCAGCACGCGCACCAAGGACACCCGGACUCCAGUCACGCAUCCACCAAUGAUGCAGACGGGCACGCUGCAGAAGGCUCAGCUUCUUCGAGCUCGGAAGAUGUACAAUCUCAAGGCAAGCAUUCGCCGUCCACCCAUCGCCAUCACAACUCUGAUCAGGACGAUUCGAGGAACACCCAGAACGGCAAUCAAAAGCUCCACAAGGAUCAUGGCGAUCUAAAUGGGCACAAUGGAAACGGCAACGGCAAUGGCAACGGUAAUGGAAUGGACACCAUGUUCUUACAUAGCAAGCUGUGGUGGCUCGGUCUCGCGCUCAUGACGGUGGGCGAGGCGGGUAACUUCAUCUCGUACGGCUUUGCACCUGCCUCCCUCGUUGCUCCGCUCGGCGCGGUGGCGCUCCUCUCCAACGUCAUUAUCUCGCCCAUCCUCUUAGGCGAGCGCUUCAAGCCGUCGGACAUCGGCGGUAUUCUGCUCGCUAUCAUCGGUGCAGUGACGGUGGUGUUCAGCUCCAAGCAGAACGACGUCCGGCUCGACCCCACGCAGCUGUUGCAGGCGAUCAAGCGGCUCGAAUUCGUCAUCUACUCGGCGGUCUCGGUCUCGUCCGGCGUGCUGCUCGCCUUCCUCAGCACCACAUCCCUCGGCGAUCGCUGGGUGCUGAUCGACGUGGGGACGUGUGCGAUCUUCGGCGGCUUCACUGUGCUGUCUACGAAAGGCAUCUCGUCGCUCAUCUCGGGCGGGCAGCCGAUAGAAGCGCUCAAAUUCCCCAUCACAUACAUGCUCGUGCUCGUACUCGCAGCGACAGCAGUGGUGCAGAUCACCUACCUCAAUCGUGCGCUGCAGCGAUUCGACAGCCGCGAAGUGAUCCCGGCGCAGUUUGUCUUUUUCACCAUCUCGGCCAUCGUCGGCUCGGCGAUCCUGUAUCGCGACUUUGAGAACAUGGACGCUCAUCGGCUCAUCAACUUCCUCUUCGGCUGCCUCACCACGUUCGCCGGUGUCUUUGUGCUCACUUGGCGCUCCAACGGAUCGGGCGAGCACGGAGAGGAGGAAGAGCAAGAGCAGAUGUCAGGCAGCGAAGAGGAAGGCCUGGAUGCGACAGCGGCAGAGGAAGGCGGGGAAGGCGGCGAGGCCGAGCCGUUGCUCUCGCGAUCGUGGCACGGGGCCGAGAGUUUCGAAGAUGCGUCUCCGCAUGGCAAAAAGAAGGGUCGUACGCGCGUCGACUUCCUCCAACCUGCAUUCGAGGAGGGCCGGCUGCCGCCAAGCAAUGCCUUACGUGUGCCUGGUGGAGCGAGGCAGACAAGUUCCGGGGCGCGACCGCGCUCGCGCACCAAUUCGCCGCACAAGGCGAGCGCACGUCUGUCCGGGUCGUUCGAUCGCGCAUCAGGCCUCUCGCGAUCCGCCACGAACCAGGCCAGCGCUGGUCUGCUCUCGUCGUCGUCCUCGGCCGGUCUGCGCACACCAAAGCUCAGCUUGAUCAGCAUGGAUCGGCCCACGGGCCUGAGUGCGGGUCACUACCUUCUGCUCGCCACCCCUCCGCCGUCGUUUAGCCUCAAUCCAGUCCCACCCAUGGCGACAAGCAGGAGUGGGCUCUCCCGCGCGAUACCCCAGUACGGCGCGACCGGGAGCAAGGGCGGUCCUUCGGCGUUCUUGCCCCUUCCAGUGACGAUGGCGACCAGUUCGUCGUCUUCGGGUCGCAACGCGUCACAAGGUAGCCAGCCGCAGCAAAGCGCCUCGUCUGCGGCGAUUCCACAAGGAGAUCCCACGGCGGCAGAAUCCAUCGUCACGCCCCUCGCCGAGCCUGCUGCGGUCACUGAGCCCGACGAGCUCGCAGAAAGACUCGCCGAACACGUCAGCCCCGCACGUGCGUCUCGGAACAACUCACCGCGGCCCACAUGA